AUGAUACGCCGAACAACAAGCUCGUUCGCUGCCAUUCUCCGAAAUGCCCACACUAUUCGAGCAAUUCCAGUCAGAGCAUUCGCUUCCAAUAAAGAGCUGUUUGAGAAAGCGCAAGAAAAGCUGAAGAAUCUCACCGAAGACCCCGAUGUAGACGUCAAACUUGAGAUUUACGCACUUUAUAAGCAGGCAACCGUUGGAGAUGUGCAGGGCGAUCGACCAGGAAUGAUGGAUUUUGCUGGCAGGGCAAAGUAUGAUGCGUGGGCAAAAUUCAAGGGCCUGGAACAGGAUGAUGCUCUGCUGAAAUAUGCAAAGCUAAUAGAUACCUUAUCGGAUGCCGAGGAAAAGACAUCAUCCUCUGGUGGUUCCGAAACUAUGGGACUAGGGCGAGUUGAUGGUCUUGAGGUAUCUAAAGAUGACAAAGCCUACAAAAUCACCUUAAAUCGACCAAAGAAGUUCAAUGCUCUUACUGUGGAUAUGUACAGAGGCAUCAUAGCUGCACUUGAAGCGUCAAAUAAGGAUAAAUCCACUUCUGUGACAGUGAUAACAGGGACUGGUGAUUUCUUCUGUGCCGGAAAUGAUCUUGGCAAUUUUGCAAAGGCAGCAUCGGCCAGCAAAGCUGAAGUGAAGGAAAUGGCAGAAUCAGCGGCAGCGGUAUUGAAACAGUAUAUUCAGGCAUACAUCGAUCACGAAAAGCCACUUCUUUGCUUGAUCAAUGGUCCAGCUAUUGGGAUCGCUGUGACAGUUCUCCCACUUUUUGACUACGUUUUAGCUACGGACAAGUGCACAUUCCAUACUCCGUUUGCUACACUAGGGCAGUCACCGGAAGGCGCUUCAUCCUACACAUUCCCAAUUCUCAUGGGCCAGCUUAGAGCUUCGGAGGUACUGACGUUGAAUAAGAAACUGACAGCACAGCAAGCUUUUGAUAGGGGCUUGGUCAAUGAGAUAGUUCCCCACUCGGAAUUCGCUAAAAGAGCCGCAGAAGUAGUGAAGCAACAUUCGUCUCUUCCACCAGAGAGUUUGCGAAUCAACAAGAUGUUGCUUCGAUCACAUCAUAAAGAUAUUCUUACCAAAGUCAACGAGGAAGAGUGCCGAAUUAUUUGCGAACGGUGGCAGUCGAAGGAAUGUGCAACAGCUAUUGCACAAUUUCUCAGUCGUUCGAAGAACAAGUAAUAAGUUAAUAUCUCU